AUGCGUUUUAAUGAAUUAUUUACUCGCCAUCGAAAGACGGAACCUUCAUCUGUUAUUCUAUUAAGAAUAUUGAUUAUGAUAUUAUUAAUAUCUUCCCUCAUAGGAUAUUUUACUAUUUUGAUUAUCGAAGUGACUAAUGAUGACCCAAUUAUAGCAGAUACAAUCAUUGAAGCAACGGAAAUUCCGAUUCCUGAUAUGCAAUUUCAAUUCCGUUAUCCAUUCGAAUUGUCAUGUUUUUUUAUAAGAUCAAAAGAAAUGAAUCUCGAUAAUAGUUGUACUGAUUAUUUUGAACAACUAGAAGUUUCUUCGGAAGACAACGUGUAUAUCAAACAUUUUAAAAAUAUGCAAAAUUUAAAAUAUGUAAAACCAGAAAUUGAUGAAAAUGCAAUACGGGCCGUUUCUGUAAUUGCAAAGAUUGUUGAUCCAAAUCAUAAUUCCACCAGAAGUCAUGAUCUUAUGAUAUUUAGUGCUUCCGAUUCUGAAACUAUUCCUACGCCUCCUAUGAGUGAUUACGACGAAGCAAACCUUGAUAAAAUGCCUGCAAUUAUUUAUUUUAUGGUUAAAAACGAGUGGUCACUAAUACAAUUUACUAGAAACAUAAGAGAACAAAUUAUUCCAAGCUUCAAAGAUCAUUUUGGAUUCGAACCAACUUAUUAUAAACAAAAUUAUCUUUUGGCCAAUUCACAGAACAUUCCUUUGGAUUUUGAAGUUGGUGAGAUUUUUGCAAGCCAAAUCACUUUAACUGUACAAAAUUUCCUUAUAACAAAAGAGACUGAACUAAGGCAUGAGACGAACUUCAGCAUGUUAGCUCUUGUGGGUGGUGCUUGGAGUCUAGCUGCGGCAUUGUACGCGGCUCUAUUUGGUGUAGACCUGAUUCGACCAUGGGGUUGGGUGCAAUUUUAUUGUUGUGGAGUACGUAAAAAAGCACGUAAUAAACUUAUAAAAUCUCUUCCGGUAAUUCCGCUAAUUAAUAAUUCCGAAAGACCUCAACCUCCCACUUCUAGAGACAUUUCUCGUGAUGAGCAUGCAGCCUUACAACGUCGUGUUGAUGCUUUAGAAGUUUUCUUAAGAGAGUAUGUCGUGGACGUAAAUUACUUGGAAGCUGUCCGGGUUGUCAAAAUCUCGGGAUAUCCGGAUAUAGAAAUCAGAUAUCCUACUUCCUUUGACUUUUUAUUAAAUUAUAUCUUUUUAAAAAAUUACUUUCAAUCUUCCAUUGCAACUUUAAGUUCGAUAUCGGGGAUAAAUAUGAAACGAAAGAAACGUUUAAAGAUACUUUUUCUUAACAAUUACGAAACUCCCCCAGAAUGGAAAAUAAUCGAUAGUAUGGCAGAGGUUCAGGAUUUUUACAGCGAUGUUAUCAGAUUAAAUUUUAUUAAGGUUUAUGAAAUAGGUCCUAAAAAUUAG